AUGGCGCUCUCCGAUCAGAAUCUUUGUGCGGCUGUUCGUCCUCCAACAGGGCUGUCUUAUUUCACCGCAUCCUUCUCAGCAUUUCUGUGUUUUCUAACCAUUCCUGGAAAUUUUCUCGUCUGUUUAGCCAUUAUAAAGGAUCCGUUUAGGAACCUAAAAACACCUUUCAACUACUUCUUGCUGAGUUUGGCCGGGACAGAUUUGCUGGUGGGGUUAGUCAUGGAUCCUGUUUCGGUCGUAUACCACGUCAGCGAGGCUCUACAAUUGACUAUAGUAUCUAUCAAAAUUCUACACAUUUUUUACUUUAUCCUGAGUACCGCUUCAAUCUUGACGCUCGCAGCGCUUACGGCAGACAGAUAUUUUGCUGUAGCUUCACCCGUAAAAUACAAGACCAUGGUUACCUCAAAGCGUGCGAUAAAUACGUCGGUGACGAUUUGGAUAGCCUCGUUGGCCUUCUCUUUUAUCUACUUAAAAAUCGGAUUCAUCUUUUACUCCCUUAUUUUUGCCAACACCGCUGUGAUCAGUACGUUUGCUGUUCUGAUCUUCGUACACAUUGGAAUAAUCAGACGCUUAAGAGCGCGGUCCAAAUACUGGCGAAAUAGAAGACUCAUCGAAGACUCGGAAUCUGACAAGCAUAAAAAUCAAAACAACAUUAUAACGUCCAAAAAGGAGAGCAAGGCAGCGAAGACAUUGAUGAUUGUUCUUCUUGUGUUUUUUGCCUCGUUUUCGCCUGCCUGUGUCAUGAUUUACUUGCUAAAUUUUUGUUCCAGCUGUAGUUGUUUAUCAAUACAUUGGUUACGUGAUUUACAGUUCCUGAUCGUCUUGUGCAACUCGGGUGUUAACCCCUAUCUGUACGCCUGGAGAAUUCCACAGUUUAAAAGAGCCUUUUUAAAAUUUCUCCAACUGCAACAGAACAGAAAGAGAGUGUCUGAUAUUUCCUUAUCAACAACGCAGGGCACAGAAGGUCCAAAAAGUCGCGAUCGUAACUUAGAAAUAAAGGGAGAAUCAUGGUGAACAUGGAAAACAAUAAGAUCAAUGUACCGCUUCAAGCCAUCUCGACAUAUAAAAUCAUGAUUUCAGGUUUUCACCAAUAUUUGAAAUUAGGAGGUAUUAAAGGAAUACUGAAAACGCCCAAAUAUGCUCAACAUUAAUUAUUCAUUUACGAAAUCUAAUUUCUUCUUAAGGUUUAAAUUAAGCUAGCGUUUCUUAUUACAAGGUUCUGCACUUCAGUGCAAUGAUUUUGAUUUGCAGGUAGAGUCAACGAAAUCUGACUUGUCAAAACACAAUGUACAGAUGUAUGCACAUGCAAAACAUCGCGUUUUUAGCGGUAAGGAUUAGGUUUAUAAACGUAACAAGAUGUGAAAACGAAAAAUUGUUAAUCUGUAGCUAACAGACGUCAGUUUUUUCCUGAUCAUCAGAUAAAUUAUCACGGGCGACGCACAAAAAUCUUAGACUGAAAAUUUGCUCAAAAUUUAAAAUGGUCGUCGUGUAAAUCAAAGUCUCGUUUCCGAGCCCUUUAUAUAUAAUAGCUUUUCUUUUCUUUUCUUUUUCUUGUGUGUGUGUGUACAUAUUAUUUAAUUUAUUUUUGGUUUCUGUUUAGUUUGAUGUUGUAUUUACCCGAGCAAGAACAAUAAACAGCUCUUAUUUUUGGCACCGACGUAAUCACCCAUGUCAUGUUUCAAACAAUAAAACCUAUUUGCUAAAUCAUGGUAGAAUUUAUCAUUUGUUACAGUACGACAAAACAAAGCUUAUGAUCAUGAUAUGGGGUGUAUAGGGAGGGUCUAUUUCGGGCAGCUGGGGGUUUUUUCGUAUUUCGUCUAUUUCCUACCCAAUUCGGCAAUGAAGUUGAAGAAAAAUUAUUUUCCUGGCUCAUUAGUUUUCUUUUUUGAAUGACGAUAUCACAAUGUAAAGAAAUCAUAACUCACUGGCACACAUUCUUCUUUUAAGGAGUACAAUUAGGCAAUGUAAACUAACUGACUGCUUUGUUUAUUGUAUGAUGUUCUGUAAUGCACCUGCCUUUUUAAUUCUCGGUUAGUGUAGUAAGUUACUAAAUAUUCGUAUUUUUUGCAACUCCUCAUCGUCUAUACCGUCCAUAUGGACCAGUUUUCUAAUAAGCUCCGUAUGAAGAAGACAAUUUUUAUCCUGUAGCCUGCAGUGUUAAAAAGUGUUUUCUUUCUUGUGAUAACGAUAACCGGAUUUAAUGACUAUUAUAAUAUCUAUUAUUUUAAUAAAUAACGAUACCGUAAAAGCGCGACUGCGAGAAGGCUUUUUCCGCCCAGUCGAGUCGACGUUCAGCAGGACUGGAGAUAGCGAAAUGGCCGAGGGGAGAACUGGUGAGAGGCGGGGCAAACAUUCCUUCCUUUCCGCCUUCCGGCUCCAGCUUCCCCAUUGACUGGCUUUCCUCGUUCGUUUCGCUUGAUUCCUCGCUGACGCACCUUUGCCUCUAGACCAUACACUAAAUGAGUUUCCCAGGAGGACACGCACAUCGACCGGCCCUGGGGCACCCACUUGAAAGGGGUCAGGAUAUUUGAGGUAAAACUGUAUUUCAAUUCCUUGCGGAGACCAACCUGAAAGAUGCCACUCUAAGAGUCACGUUUAGUUUACAUAGCGGUGACAUCGUCAAAAUAAUUGUCUGUCCUUUAAAUUCUGACCUGACAAACUAAGCGAGAUAAAAAUGAGACGGGCUACCGCUUAGUGAUCAAACAAGGGCAGAAUCGGCAUUUAAGCUCCAGUUUAUUACCGAAGAACAUCUAUCACUUCGAGUAUGAAGACAGUCGUUGGCUAAAUUUCAUCCUCCCCUAUAAGGCAAGGUAAUUACGGGAAGUAACGUAUUAGAAUAGAUAAUCAAUCCACACAGCCACUGGCAGGUGUAUUCUGGCUGUUUAAGAACUGACUUCCCACUCGUUAAAUUGCAAAAUUCUUGCCGGUUAAAUAUCACUGAUAUCAAAGAAGAAUCUGCUUUGGUAGAAGAUACACUCCUUGAAAAAGGCCGAGGUAAGGAUGCAGGGCUCAAAGACGGUUGAAAACUCUUUUUAGGUUAUCCAGAGUACUUUUAGAUCUCUAGAAAUGUAUUCUCAGUGGGGCUAAAAAAUUAAUAUCUGUUCUGUCAUCCCAGGGCAACUUGAGUCUUUUCGAAAUUACAAGGGCUUCAGAAUUAUUUUCCCGACAAUUUUAGCUGCAAUUUAAAGUUUUACGAAAGUGAUAGUUUUUUUAAUUCCUCUCUGCAUCGCAUUUUCGAUUCCGAAAAUUUUAGUUUCUUUUCUCCAAAAAUAGCCUAACCUGGGGAGUGAAAUAGGAAAAAUUAAACUUCAGAAAAUCGUAGGGAAUGUAUUAGAUAAUAAGCUUCCAAAAUUGUACAUGAAUGAGCUAUGAAUGGAACGGUCAUCCAGGAAUUUUUAGCCUUCCUCAACCUAUGGAAACUUCUAGGCAAGAUUUGCCUCUCCGAACAGAUAUUUCACAGAAAACAGACGAGUCGUUGGGUGCCGCUGAGGAUGCAUAUCUAAGUACCUGUUUGAACAACCAAAAGCCUUAUAAAAAUGGCAGCCCAAAUCAUACGUGGCGAUGCAAAGGUUUUAGUUGUGUCUGGAUAAAAUUCUGGUAUCUAUCAACCGCUAAAUAUACAAUGUUUCCAACUUUUGGAGGCCACAAAUUAACCGAAGAGUCAAUCAUUUAAAUUCUAAAAUUCUUUCUCCUUUUUAAACUUAGAGUUAGCCGACGCUUUUUGCAAAUUUGAAAAACAUUUUGAUUGUAAAGCCAUCAUUUUUACGCAUUAAUUUUUUUGCAGCCGGUUUACAGGUAAUUUUCUCGACAGAUUACUGCAUGCAAAUCUGCUGUUGUGUUAGAUCAUCAGUCCCUGAAGUUGUCUUCAGUUUACCUUUAGACAAUUAUUAUUAACUUUUUAUUGACUUUUAUUCCGCUCUGAUGUUGAGCAGGUUUUGUUGUACACUGUUUCCACUACGAACUAUUCAUGACUAUUGCUAAACUUUAUAAUAAAUUUGUCACUCUAAUUUGUAACAUCUGUGCACCUUUGUCAACGUUUGCCUCAAUUUUUGCAUUUUGUAAUAUGUGUUGUUAUUAAAUCUACAGUUGGUAAUAACUCGUGCAUACGGUUUUACCGAUUCGCGCGACAACUUACUAAAUUAGAAUUGUGACAGCCUACCAUUGAAAAGUACGACAGCUAUCCAUCCAUAGAGUGCGAUAAUUUUUUUGUCGAACAGAUCGUGACAGUCUUGUUUUCAAUUAUUAACUUAGCCCAGUUUACAUAUUUAAAUUCUUUGCUUUUAAAUUUCUUACUAAGGCUGAAUAUCAAAGAAUAAACCUACUUAACCCAGCGGGCAGUAGGAAACCGGCCUGGUGAUUCAUAUUGAUAAGCUGAGGAAAAAUUUAGAAUUAAAGUUUGUUAACCUGCGCGCAGAGGUUUCUGUCUUGCAUGGCUUAGCGUUUAAGAAGUCGUUCGCAGAAACCAUGGAAACACUAAAAGCCACGCAAUAGAGAAACCCAACGGCUGAUCAGGGAAGGGGCCUGGGGCCCGCCCCCCCCGCUUGCUUAUUUUUAGACCGAAAAGGAGUCUGGAUGACCUUCGGAAAGGAUUGUGCUCAUUAUUGUGCAUUUUAUGACAAUUAUGUUUAUAAGCUUUGGAGAAGGCUGUUUGAUUGGAUAAAUACACACUGUUUUCGAAAAUUAUUAGGCUUUCCCAUUAAAUGGUAUCAUCAUCUUGAAAGGCAUGUGUGGUUUGAAUUUGAAACAAAAUCAACGAGAGAGAUCAUAGCCUGCGUAGCAAGCGUUUCCAAUCGAGUUAUUGCGCGAAAGUUACAGCGGAAGCGAUAAAAAAAAAAAGGUGGAAGAGGGAGGGGGACAUGAAAGAUGCUUUUGACUAUUAUCAAGCCCCUUACACAGUAAAUAUGAAGGAACGUCUUCUAAACAUGUCGGCGCCUAAUAAUGUAACUGUUUAAAUAUAUUAUUCCUGUUUCUUUAAGAAAUGCAGCUAUUCAAGGUCGUUGUGUUUCAAAAUUAACAAAGACAAGGAAAUCCCCUUUAAACUAAAGCAACUUGCAUGAACUUGUCAAAGUUCAGACACCGCGUCUCGGACACUGAUUAUUUUGUUAAAAAUCGUUCAUUAUUUCUUUGUUGUCCUAACCUUGCGCGCAGGUGCUACUUGUGCAAAGGAGAGAAGGAAUGACUCAUUGUGUUUUCACAAAUUGACUGGGGUGAUCGUUAAUUUGUCAUUUUUUCUUUUCAGUUCGUUCGGACGUUUAACGUAUAUACAUACAGUAACAAGAAAGAGCUACAAAAGCAGCUUUCAGGAACGUAUUGGAGGUAAAAGAAGCUAUUUGUAGCUGCUUCUCUGGCAGGCCUGAUUCUAAACCUCAGACGUCCCAGGUGGAUAGCAGCCCCUUGGACUAUCUUCUGGUGAGCCUCAACGAAUUGACGUCGCGACACAAUUUUUACAUUAGUCAUCGUCAGGAGAAGAAUUCUUGGACCCAAAAACUGACGGCAAAGUACUUGGUUUCGCCGGUUAUGAGGCGCAGCAUUUAACAUUCGUCACGGAAGCCGGGAAAAGUUCACUUUGGAAGCUCCUAGAUGUCAGUCGUUUUCUAAGCAAGCAAUACAAAAAAGCUCACCGAAAAAACUUUGAUGCAGCUAAUAACUAAGGUGUAAUAUAGUCUAUGUUAUCAGAAGUGGUUAACACGAAUCCAUUUAAGAAAAUGUAAAUUAGUUACGUUAAAGUCUUUGUGUAUAAUUUGGUAGAUAUAUCCUCUAAAGGAAACAAAGUAAUUCAGCGUCAAAUAUUUUUUUGUUUUGGACAAAUUUUUCCGACGCAAUGGCAUUCUCUGAUCCAAAACUUUGCGCGAACACCCAUUUGCACAAAGAGAUUUCGUAUUUUACCGCUUCACUUGCAACUGUUUUCUGCCUUGCAACUGUGAUUGGAAACGUUCUUGUUUGUUUAGCCAUCAUGCGGGAUCCAUUUAGAAAAAUGAAAACGCCUUUCCAUUACUUUUUACUGAGCUUAUCCGGGACAGACUUACUCGUGGGAUUAUUACUGGACCCCACCAUGAUAGUUGUCCACAUUAGAGAAGCACGUGGCACGAUAAAUAACGCUGAUAACUUACAGACUUCUCAUAUGGUCCAUAUGCUUUAUUUCAUUCUGGGUACGGCAUCAGUCUUAACGCUGGCAGCACUAGCGGCGGACCGGUAUGUCUCGGUAACAUCCCCAGUCAAAUACAGUACAAAGAUUACGUCUAAACGCGCCAUUGUAACUUCGGUGGUCAUUUGGAUUGUGUCGCUGGGUUUUUCUCUUUUAUACUUCAAACUCGGUUUCUUUUUGUACUCUUUCAUUUUUGCCAACACUGCUGUUUUUAGCACUUUUUUCAUUCUCCUGUUUGUUCACCGAAGUAUUCUCGGACGCUUGCGUGAACGCUCGAAAUUUUGGCAAGAUCAGAGAGCUGCUGAAAACACAAUGUGUGAAAAACUACAAUCCGCAAAGAACAUAAAGAACAUAAAGAAAGAGAGCAAAGUAGCCAAGACGUUAUCGAUUGUUCUUCUUACUUUUCUUGUAUCCUUUGUACCUGCCUGUGUGAUAAUUUACCUGCUUAAUUUCUGUUUAAGCUGUAAUUGUCUGCUGGUACAUUGGUUAAGAGAUAUUCAGAAAUUAACCAUAUCCUUAAAUUCUGCUGUCAACCCAUAUUUGUACGCCUGGCGGCUUCCACAGUUCAAAAAAGCCUUUUUGAAACUCCUACAUCUACAAAGGGCUCAAGCGCAAGUCAAUCCUGCACUGGUCUCCUCAGUCGGACAACCGGAUAACACUAAUCAAAUGCAACUUUCUUUAGUUUGUAACCAAGACCUCAGCUAGAAUCCAGUUCAGUCCUUUAUUUUUAUCCUGGUUGGUUAUGCCAUUUUAAAGGACUUUUCGUACCUGUUUGGCGCGAAAAUCACAUACCGGUCGAAAAUUCUACCGGUGACGUCAUGAUAAUUGACCAAUAGGAUAGUGAGUGAUAUUUCACGCCGUUCCCGACGCAGCAUAUGUCAAUCAUUUCUUACCCGCGUGAAUUUAUAUUAUUCAAAUCCAUUGAGAUCAGGCGAAACAAGUCGACUUCGUGACUUCGUCGCUCGCUCGGUCGCUGCGCAACCUCAUGCAUUGAAGCUCGCUUCGCUCACCUUUAAGAACUUAUAAGAGGUCGACUUGUAGCAAGUCUAGCCUUGGAUAUCAGUCAAUUCCCGUUAAUACGAACACUGGGUAUAGGCCAUAGAAAGUGUCAGUAUUAACGGGAUGUCCCGCGGGUUGAAAUUAGAGAAAAUGUAAGAACUUUAUUUCCCAAGGGACAAAGCGUGAAGUAUCCGUAUUGAGCUGCUCUUCGUAAAGCGGGGCGCUUUGACUGUAUUUAGAAUUGUAUUUUUUGCCUUAUUCUAGACAAUUGUUAUUCUAACAGGACGAAAACAUUGGCCACUAAAUAGGGUGCAGACCUCUUACAAAAGGGAAAUAGGCACCCUCGUCCGACUCUUUGUCCUUUUGAGACCCGAUAUUAUGAUUUAACAUUACAAGUUUUAAUUUCAAUUGUACAAUACAGUUUUUCUAGAUAAGUCUUUAGCUAGUUGUGAAUAACUGGUUUUGGUUUUCAGUUGCAAUUACCUGACAGGGAAAAAAGCGAGGCACGGAGACGAUAUCGUAGAACGUACGCAAUGAGUUUAAUCAACAGACCUGGAUCUUCUGUAUUAAGCAAUACUUGAGGCAGGUUCUGUGCAUUGUUUUUACAGCUAAGUGUAAUAUGUUCAUCUAUAAGUGUACUCAGGAUAAAAUUCCUUCAUAGGAAGUGCGUAGUGUAAUUAGCAUACAUUUAUUAUCAUGUAGAUUAAGUCAAAAUGAACCUUACAAUAUUCAGUAAAUUUUGUGCUGUUAUGGUAGUACUAGCUACUGUAGUUGGAAAAAGUUUUUAUCUAAAUGAUGGUUUGGCGAAUUUGAAUUUCAACCGUGCGAGGUUGUUACUGAUCUGUGACGUUUAUAACUAAAGGUAAUAAAUCAGUUAAAAGUGUGAGGAAAAGAAAGCAGUGUACCAGACAUUUUCUUUGGACCGGGGUCUGAUUCUUGCCUCCUACAUGUACACCAUGCCAGCUCUUGCUGUCUUGUCAAACACUGUUUCCAAACAGAAAACUCUCAAGACAAGCUCAGCCGACAUUUGGCGGCGCUACCACUGGUUUCCCUGCCAAAUGACGUCUGAGAAACGAGCGCAUAAAUUCCAUACUGAUGACGCGUCACUAGCCAGAUCUGGGUAUUGCUUCUGAUUGGUCAUGCCGCGUGGGAAAUUUUCUUUCGGUCGUAUAAUCUCCAUUCGACAACUGCCAUUCGCCGUUUUCUCCGACAACCUUUUUUGAAAUAGGUGUAUACUUGUGUAUAACAGAAUGUAUUACCAGAAAUUCCCAACGGACAUGCGCAAUGAGAAAUAGGAAAUUUCAAAGUUUUACAUUACAGAGAAACGACUGAGAACUGAAAUAAAAUCGACAAAAACUGUACUUAAAUCAUGUGUGUCAGCCGGUAUUCAUGCCACAUUAUUAGCCUUGUUGUUCACAAACAAUGUCCUGUUAAAGUUACAGAAGUAUUCCACCUAUCUCUCGUCAGAAUUGGUGGUAAACAAUAAUAUCGAUAAAAUUUGUGAAGUUUUCUACUUCAAGGUCUAAAUACAUUUACCCUUAGCCGAUUUGAAUAAGAUGUUGCUUUCACUGCUCGUCUGGAAAAUCGAUGAAAAAUCGAAUCAAUAAACAGCUGAGGUCGGUAGGUGAGAUAAUCCUGUCCUUGGUUAGACUAGGAUCAGAUGUAACAGUGGCUAGGGUGACUAGUGGGACACCAACUUUGUCUAAUAAGCAGUUUUGGGAGAGAAACUAUCCUAAAACACAGAGCAUCUCCAAAGCGCUAAAACGUCUAUAGAGUACUGGCCGAUCAUCAAGUUAGUGUAGUGUAAGUGUAAUAAUAAUAAUAAUAAUAAUAAUAAUAACAAUUUAUUUAUAUUGCAUUUAUUCCUUAGGAGUCCACAAGCGUUUCACAUUAAUAACAAUUAAAAAUUGCCUUAAAAAAAUAAAAUAUAACUUAAAUGAAAUCUCGAAAUCUUGGGACCAAUCUCUAACAUACGUUCUUAAAAUGUUUGUCUUCAACAAUAAGCCUUUUGGAAAAGAAACGUUUUCAGGGCUUUCUUAAAACUACUUACAGAAUCGCAGACUCUUAGUAUAGCUCGCGUGAAAGGACAUUGCAAGCACAUGUAGAAAAUACCCUGAACCGUACGAUUUUAAAUUAUAAGAGUUGUGUCUUCGAAGCUGCAUGUUUCCAGAUAUCUUUGGCUACGGCAAGGUCUAUGAAGGUCUGACAGAUCCUGGAGAUAAACAGGUGCAAUACCAUUCAUCACUUUAUACGUAAAUAACAAGAUCUUUUAAAAAUCUACGCGCUGCUCAACUGGCAACCAAUGAAGCUCCAUUAGUACCGAGCGAUAUGUGAUCAUGCUUCCUCAACAAUGUAACUAGCCUAGCUGCAGAGUGUAACACGUAUCGUGUAUUUUCAGUCUUUUGUAUUAUAUACGUCAUUUGGUGAUAGCACCUGCUCGCAACACUAAGAAACAAGAAAACAAUGAGACGGCCUCCCGAGAGAACAGGCAGGUAUAUAGUUUUCAUUUUAUAUAUGUCUGGUUUCGGAUGAAGCAUAGCUUCGAGUGUGAAGAUUGUCAUUGGCUAAAAUGUCACCCCCAACAGGGCAGCAGGUAAGUAAGGAAAGAAAAUAGGAAUAAAUUACCCAUCCUCACCUUGGCCGCUGGCAGGUGUGAACUGAUUGUACAACUGAAAUACGACUCCGUUUAAUUGGGGUUUUAUGAGUUCGCGUGCCUUUGAUAUUAAAGAACAAUCCUGCUUUAGUCGGAAGAUUUACUCUCAUUGAAAUAAGCUGAGGUAAGGACAGUACUUGCAUGUACGUGUUUGCUGGUAUAUAGGAUUAGGAUGCUGGUGUUAAACUUAAACAUUUCUUAGCCCUUUAGAAAAGGAAACAUUGAUAGCUAAACGAAAAUUACUACUUUUCAAACUCCAUUGCACUGCUAUGUGCCUGAAAGUAUGCGCGCGAUCUACAAAAGAACGAUCCAUGGUCGUUAUUUAUAGAUACAGUUCUAUAAGUAAGGGAAUGUACGUAUUUAAUAAGGGGGGGGGGGCGGAGGGCUGGGGCUUCAGAGGGAAGGGUCAUCCAAAAAAAUGGGACCCUUUGGGGGGUCAACCCUUAUCUUAAAAGGUAUUAAGGGAGAGCCAAGCCUUUUUUUCACAGUGGUUAGUGUAAAUGUUGUUAGUUACCACUUUGAUGUCAUUUUUUUCGUAUUCUAAAGAUUCGUACCAGUCUUUUCUAUUGAACAGGAACUUGUAAUUACUCAAGAUUCCAGUUAAACCGCACUUCUAUUGCAGUUCAUUCAUCAGAUUCAUUCACUCUUUCUGUCUUUCUUUUUUCUUCUUGUUCUGCCAUGGCACAUAACAGUCUCGGACGACCCGUGUUCUCAUUCGGCCGUACCUUGACGUUGAUGUGACCACUGCAUGUAGUACAGAGCUGUCACUUAUAUCGUAGACUACGAGCUGUCUCUCUUUUUUCUGUACAGGGGCACCCGAUGGAUCUGUUCCUCCUAAUAUCUGUUUUGCAUGUAAAUUUUUACUGGCUGGGAGUUUUGGUGAAAAUGAUGUGUUUGUUGGAAGGAAAAUGUUGCUGGGAAAGCAACAUUUAUUCAUAUUCUAGACAACAAUUUGUUGUCUAGAAUACCUGCUAUGUGGAAUUUAUCAGUACCCCCUUCCCCCCACUGAAGGGUUGAAUUUUGCCCUAUGACCACACCCUAACUAUCUGGGCAUGCGUUUGUUGGGAAACUUCCCGGUAAAUCAGUUUGCAGCGGUUGUAGGUGCACCUUGCUGGCUGGGAACUCUUCCGUCAGUCUUGCUGGCAGUGAGGAACAGAUAAAUUUUUCCCAGCAAACUCCCAACAUGCUUAAAAUAGCUUUAGAAAGCUUUAUUCAUGCUUUGUUGCUGUUUUUGGGCCUUUUUCUUAAAAUUUCCCGUUGGGUGCCCCUGUCUGUAGUCCGUGGAGCAAAACGCGAGACAGGCAAAUGGCCACGAGCGUGACUGAAGGCGCCGCUCUCCCGCGCACGUGCACGGCUCUCACUAAAUCUGAAGAAAAACAGAGACUGCUCGCAUGUUGACAGUGUUUCAGAGCCUACAAUCCUCUCCUCUUCAUCAUUUUUUGAGCCCGAAGAUGAAAUUUCUUCACGAAGUGGAGUCCCUUUCUCCAUGCCUGAUAUGUGCUUUAUAUAUGCCACUUUCUCUGGCCAUGGCUUCAUCAGAACAGCAAUGCGAACAAGCAUCGAAAGGAAUCGGGGAGGAAUUAACUAUCAGGGAAAAUGGGAAGCGGGGGGGGGGGUUGAAAAAGAGGAAAAGGGACGCCUGAUAUAUAAGAACCACCUUUCCUUCGUUUCUGCGGCCGCUGGUGGCUGUAAAUUUCCGUUUGGUUCAAGUUUUAGUUUUAGGUUUUCCCUCAUCGUAAUCACUCCCUCGGGCUCCCUUUUCGCCCUCGGGUCACGUAGUCUACACUUUGUUAUAAAUUUCAGCCUCUUAAUUUGUAACAUCCUUGCCACUUUGUAUACCUUAAAUUUCAGUAAUAACCCUUUGCGCAAAUCGUAAUGUAUAAGGCUGUCACAUUUUUUAAUGAAUGUCUUCAAACUUGGUAAACCUGAAUAUUUUUUACCGAUUGGUGUGACAGCUUCUUCUAUCAAAUUUGUGACAUCUAUUUAAUUUCAAAAACGUCUGAAUAGUUUAUUGCAAAGCAAGGAAUAAACUCGUUGUUUUUAACGUCAAUUCAGUCUAUACACUGGGUUUUACCUUUCGUACUUGUUCUGAAAGGACGAUACCUGGCGACCCUUAUUGAAAGAAGCUCGGGGGCAAGGCUAGUUCAAGAAAGAAAGCAUAAACAAAGGUACUAGUUAUUCAUCAGCAUGAUACAAACUAUCAUUAAAACCAAGAAAAUUUAACAUUUCUCAAUUUAAUGUUGAAUAGACUCGGAGAUUCUUUAUACUGACUCUUAAUGACUAGUCCUAAAUGGCUACUAGGCUCGAUUAUUCCCUUCAGGUGAUUCUUAGUAAGAUACGGCGUAAUGUUUCUGCUGAUCUUGUGACAAAGAAAAAUAUAACGAAAGUUCACAAAGACACUUCAUUCAUUUAAGACCAAAAAGGCAAGAUAUUACUAGUUAAACAGGUGUUUGGUUGCCUUUCGUUAUUGAAUGAAUAAAGUAUUUAGUCCUUCAGACGAGGAAAAUGCCGGCAGGAGGAAAAGAAAGAGGCCUUGAUUUUCCGCUUUAUUUCUUCACAGUUCGAACAGUGUUACAGUAACAGCGACAGAGGGAGACUACUUUUCAUGUCAAGAAGGAAUUGGAAAUCUGAGUUUCGUUACUUCCCUCUGGUAACUCAGCGAAAGCGGAGUCUCAACGUUCUUUUGUCAUGAUCGUCAAAGAAGAAUUCCAGGACUCGGGAAAAUGGAGCAAAAGUGUAAUUAGUUUUCAGUGGUAUUAUUGAGGCGAAGCAAAAUUUCCCGAUUACUCACACAAGAGAAAAAUAAGUAACACACAGUGGAAGCAGAGAUAUGUUCAACGAUCCAUGUCACGAGAGAAAAAGAUUUCUCAAAUUAAGACACGGAUAAAAUAAACCAUUUUUAAAAUACGAAGAACAAAGCGAAAACUGCCCUGAAGAAUUGAAGUGAAAAUAUAUAUCGAAAAUAUAGAAUAUCAUGACUACUAUGUAGAAAGCUAAGUGCGCUUACUGUAACAGUGAAAAACGUUCUGUGAAAGUCUUAUCUGGACGUCAAAAAGUUUUAUCUGAAGAUGGCAUUCUCUGAUCCAAAAUUUUGUGCGAGCACUCAUCAGUACAAAGGCCUUUCGUAUUUUACCGCAUCCCUUGCAAGCGUUUUCUGCUUUAUAACCGUUACUGGAAACGUCCUCGUUUGUUUAGCCAUUGUACGGGAUCCAUUUAAAAAUAUGAAAAAGCCUUUCCAUUACUUUUUGCUGAGCUUAUCCGGGACAGAUUUACUUGUGGGAUUAUUAGUAAACCCCACAUUAAUAGCAUAUGUCAUAACCGAAGCACGUGGUAUGGUAAAUAUCGUUGAUAUCAUAUCGACCUCGCAUAUAUUAUAUUUCAUUCUGGGUACGGCAUCAGUCUUAACUCUGGCAGCACUUACCGCGGAUAGGUAUGUCUCGGUAACAUCACCAAUCAAAUACAAGACGACGGUUUCGUCUAAACGCGCCAUUAUUACCUCAGUGUCGAUCUGGGUAGCCUCGUUAGGCUUGUCCUGUUUAUACUUUGAACUCGGUUUUUUUCUGUACUCUUUUAUUUUUGUCAACACUGCUGUUUUUAGCACUAUUAUCAUUCUCCUGUUUGUUCAUAGAGCCACUCUCAAAAUCCUACGUGAGCGAUCAAAAUUUUGGCAAAACCAGAGAGCAAUUGAAAACACAGUAACAGCCAAACAGAAAUACACGAAAAACAUAAAAAAGAUAAAGAAAAAACGAAAAGUAACAAAGGCGUUAUCGAGUGUUCUUAUUGCUUUUCUUGUAUCCUUUGUACCUGCCUGUGUGAUAAUUUACCUGCUUAAUUUCUGUUUAAGCUGUGAUUGUCUGCUAGUACAUUGGUUAAGAGAUAUUCAGAUGUUAAUUGUGUCCUUAAAUUCUGCUGUCAACCCUUAUUUGUACGCCUGGCGACUUCCACAAUUCAGAAAAGCUUUUUUGAAACUCCUCCACCUACAAAAGAGGGCUCAGGUUCGAGUCAAUCCUGUACCCUUUACUCAAGAAAAAUCGAGUUGUUGAUACUUCAAUACUCAUGAUCAGCAGACCACUGAGAAAAAUGAGAAAACAACACUUUUGUUUUUGAUUUCGAUAUUUACACUUACGGUCCAAAUUUCGGUUUGGGUUGGAAUAUUAUGGCGAAAAAUAUUCUUCCUUUUUGCAAUUGCAGUAUUUCAAUUUAGCUAUGUCACUGGCUGAUUUUAAGUAGCGCUUUUUUUCAGUAUUUCUUAGACAGCAAGCAAAUAUAGUUUCAAGGAUGUCAUUUGCUUUUUGAGCUCCACUGCGGUAUCACGAGACAUUACAGACCUUAAGAUAUACCGUUUCCGGGUACGGGUACGGGUAAAUUAGCCGUACACGUAGCCGUAAGCACGGGUAAACUGCAUCUUACCCGCAAGAAACGGGUAGGUUACCUGGUAGAGUGUUUACGCCAUUAUCACAUCUGGUAAAUAACGGUUGCCUUUCAUAAAACUACGAGGUAAACAUCUUCGCUUACCCGUACCUGUAGGCUGAAAUGGUGUAUCUUAAGGUCACUAAUAAAGGUAUUUCCUUACGUUUAAAAUUCCCAAACCAAAUGUGUGUAGUAGUUUAAGUUAAUUUAACUAGAAAAAUCUAGUGAAUUUCUUGUUGGGUGGUUUCUUUUAUCUUAUUUCGUACAAUGGAUUGUUAGCGAUGUAAAGUUUAAACUGAGUAAUUGGAAAUUAAAGGUAUUAAUACAAAACAGAGCCGAUGCGAUGUGUACGCCAUUCCUUUCCCGGCAGUCCCCGGGGUCAGCUCUAUUUGUAAAGCAGUCAGCUGCCACGUUUGCAGCAGGGUGCGACCAGCUUGCCUUUUCCUCAAACACAUAUGAUGUAUUCAAUUCACGGCCAAAUGGAUGGUCCCCAAUUAUUUCAACAGAGCGCCCAUAAACAAGUGCAAUGUACGAAAUAGCAAUCAUGAGUUGUGCAGCUGGAGUGACAUCCAUAUUUAAAACUGGAAUGAUCAUGUCUGGAAGUUAUCCGUUUCGAAAAAUUUCACAAUUUCUUUUGAACAGGAAAACUGUAAGUUUUCGAGCUGUUUUUCCAAAACAUUUACAUUUAACAAAUAUUUAGAUGUACCUUUAAUAGAGACACCACUGCCAAUGAAAGAUAUCGUUGGUUUUCACAUGACGUCACUAAAAUUCAAACUAAAAAAAUAUCGAUCCUACCGGGAUUUUACUUUCACGAUGCAUUAGAGCAGCUGAAAACUAAUUUUCAUACAGAUUUUCGCUUCAAAAGGAUUCUUGGUUUUGUGAUAGAGAACGCUUCAAUUUCUAAGCUUUUGCGUGACGCGGCAUUUACAUGACGGCCAAGAGAGACGGUCAAGAGAGCUGUCAUGUAGGUUAAAAAAUGACUUAUUUCAGGAAAUUUUGCUAUUUAAACAGUUCAUGUAUUAGAAAAGUACUACUUUCAUGUUUAUGAGUUUCUCGAAGAAUAAAUUAACGCUUUCGUAGCAAAACUCGGUAACAGAUGUUUCUGUUGGUUUCCGUCCGCCAUGUUGGAGCUCAUCCAGGUGAGCACCAGCAUGGCGUCUCCAUAAAAUCUCUAUAAGUUUGGGUAAAACAUUUCUUCGUAUAUCUCGUAUACGAAAUAUUCCUCUGACCUGAAUCUUGGCGAGGGUCUUUGUAUAUGUACCUCCUUUCAUUUCCCAGAUUGUGGACUUUGUCUAUUGAACUGUUUUGAUUUUUAUUUUUUGAUCUAUUUUGAAUGGCGUGACACUGAAAACCAGCAAUAGCCUAAACAUUACGGAGAAGAUAUACUUUGAACUGUUCUUUGGACCUGUUAUUACUGAAUAUUUUCCCACAACAUGUUUUCGGCAGCAAUUAUGUAAUAAUGGCUGCCAAAUGACAACUCUCACCUGUCUUGGAUAACCUUACCUGGAGGGAGCCUUGCUUCUUGUUGGAGAACGCUGGAUCAAUUUAGGUUCGUGUUCCAUUUACCGUUUGUUUACCGUUUGAGUCACCUAUACCGAUAUAUCGCUAACUAUGUAUAUGAAUCAAUGAUAAAUAAACGGGGGGGGGGACGGGGGCUGAAAAAGAGGAAAAGGGACGCCUGAUAUGUAAGAACCACCUUUUCCUUCGUUUCUGCGGCCGCUGGUGGCUGUAAAUUUCCGUUUGGUUCCAGUUUUAGUUUUAGGUUUCCCCUCAUCGUAAUCACUCCCUCGUGCUCCCUUUUCGCCCCCGGGUCACGUAGUCUACACUUUGUUAUAAAUUUCAGCCUCUUAAUUUGUAACAUCCUUGCCACUUUGUAUACCUUAAAUUUCAGUAAUAACCCUUUGCGCAAAUCGCAAUGUAUAAGGCUGUCACAUUUUUUAAUGAAUGUCUUCAAACUUGGUAAACCUGAAUAUUUUUUACCGAUAGGUGUGACAGCUUCUUCUAUCAAAAUUUGUGACAUCUAUUUAAUUUAAAAAACGUGUGAAUAGUUUAUUGCAAAGCAAGGAAUAAACACGUUGUUUUUAACGUCAAUUCAGUCUAUUCACUGGAUUUUAACUUUCGUACUUGUUCUGAAAGGAAGAUACCUGGCGACCCUUAUUGAAAGAAGCUUGGGAGCAAGGCUAGUUCAAGAAAGAAAGCAAAAUUAAACAAAGGUACUAGUUAUUCAUCAGCAUGAUACAAACUAUUAUUAAAACCAAGAAAAUUUAACAUUUCUCAAUUUUAUGUUGAAUACAGAGAUUCUUUAUGCUGACUCUUAAUGACUAGUCCUAUAUGACUACUAGGUUCGAUUAUUUCCUUCAGCAUUCUUAGUAAGAUACAGCGUAAUGUUUCUGCUGAUCUCAGUGACAAAGAACAUGAAUAUAACGAAAGUUCACAAAGACACUUCAUUUAUUUAAGACCAAAAAGGCAAGAUAUUACUAGUUAAACAGGUGUUUGGUUGCCUUUUGUUAUUGAAUGGAUAAAGUAUUUGGUCCUUCAAACGAGAAAAAAGCCAGCAGGAGGAAAAGAAAGAGGCCUUGAUUUUCCGCUUUAUUUCUUCACAGUUCGAACAGUGUUACAGUAACAGCGACAGAGGGAGACUACUUUUCAUGUCAAGAAGGAAUUGGAAAUCUGAGUUUUGUUACUUCCCUCUGGCAACUCAGUGAAAGCAGAGUCUCAACGUUCUUUUAUCAUGAUCGCGUCAAAGAAGAAUUCCAGGACUCGGGAAAAUGGAGCAAAAGAUUAAUUAGUUUUCAGUGGUAUUAUUGAGGCGAAGCAAAAUUUCCCGGUUACUCACACAAGGGAAAUACAAGUAACACACUGUGGAAUCCGAGAUAUGUUCAACCAUCCAUGUCACGAGAGAAAAAGAUUUCUCAAAGUAAGACACGGAUAAAAUAAACCAUUUUUAAAAGACGCGGAACAAAGCGAAAACUGCCCUGAAGAAUUGAAGUGAAAAUAUAUAGAAUAUCAUGACUGGUAUGUAGACAGCUAAGUGCACUUACUGUAACAGUGUAAAACGUGCUGUGAAAGUCUUAUCUGGAUGUCAAAACGUUCUUUAUCUGAAGAUGGCAUUCUCUGAUCCAAAACUUUGUGCGAGCACUCAUCAGUACACAGGUCUUUCGUAUUUUGCCGCUUCCCUUGCAAGCGUUUUCUGCUUUAUAACCGUUACUGGAAACGUCCUUGUUUGUUUAGCUAUUGUACGGGAUCCAUUCAAAAAUAUGAAAAAGCCUUUCCAUUACUUUUUGCUGAGCUUAUCCGGGACAGAUUUACUUGUGGGAUUAUUAGUAAACCCCACAUUAACAGCAUAUGCCAUAAGCGAGGCACGUGGUAUGGUAAAUAUCGUUGAUAUGAUAUCGACCUUGCAUAUAUUUUAUUUCAUUCUGGGUACGGCAUCAAUCUUAACUCUGGCAGCACUUACCGCGGAUAGGUAUGUCUCGGUAACAUCACCAAUCAAAUACAAGACGAAGGUUUCGUCUAAACACGCCAUCGUUACCUCAGUGUCGAUCUGGGUAGCCUCGUUAGGCUUGUCCUUCUUAUACUUUGAGCUCGGUUUUUUUCUGUACUCUUUUAAUUUUGUCAACACUGCUGUUUUUAGCACUAUUAUCAUUCUCCUGUUUGUUCAUAGAGCCACUCUCAAAAUCCUACGUGAGCGAUCAAAAUUUUGGCAAAACCAGAAAGCAAUUGAAAACACAGUAACAGCAAAACAGAAAUACACGAAAAACAUAAAAAAGAUAAAGAAAAAACGAAAAGUAACAAAGGCGUUAUCAAGUGUCCUUAUUGCUUUUCUUGUAUCCUUUGUACCUGUCUGUGUGAUAAUUUACUUGCUUAAUUUCUGUUUAAGCUGUAAUUGUCUGCUGGUACAUUGGUUAAGAGAUAUUCAGGUAUUAAUUGUGUCCUUAAAUUCUGCUGUCAACCCUUAUUUGUACGCCUGGCGACUUCCACAAUUCAGAAAAGCUUUUUUGAAAAUCCUCCACCUACAAAAGAGGGCUCAGGUUCGAGUCAAUCCUGUACCCUUUACUCAAGAAAAAUCGAGUUGUUGAUACUUCAAUACUCAUGAUCAGCAGACCACUGAGAAAAAUGAGAAAACAACACUUUUGUUUUUGAUUUCGAUAUUUACACUUACGGUCCAAAUUUCGGUUUGGGUUGGAAUAUUAUGGCGAAAAAUAUUCUUCCUUUUUGCAAUUGCAGUAUUUCAAUUUAGCUAUGUCACUGGCUGAUUUUAAGUAGCGCUUUUUUUCAGUAUUUCAUCAUAGCAAACAAAUAUAGUUUCAAGAAUGUCAUUUGCUUUUUGAGCUCCACUGCGGUAUCACGAGACAUUACAGACCUUAAGAUAUACCGUUUUCGGGUACGGGUACGGGUAAAUUAGCCGUACACGUAGCCGUAAGCACGGGUAAACUGCAUCUUACCCGCAAGAAACGGGUAGGUUACCUGGUAGAAUGGUUACGCCAUUAUCACAUCUGGUAAAUAAUGGUUGCCUUUCAUAAAACUACGAGGUAAACAUCUUCUCUUACCCGUACCCGUAGGCUGAAAUGGUGUAUCUUAAGGUCACUAAUUAAGGUAUUUCCUUACGUUUAAAAUCCCCAAACCAAAUGUGCGUAGUAGUUUAAGUUAAUUUAACUAGAAAAAUCUAGUGAAUUUCUUGUUGGGUGGUUUCUUUUAUCUUAUUUCGUACAAUGGAUUGUUAGCGAUGUAAAGUUUAAACUGAGUAAUUGGAAAUUAAAGGUAUUAAUACAAAACAGAGCCGAUGCGAUGUGUACGCCAUUCCUUUCCCGGCAGUCCCCGGGGUCAGCUCUAUUUGUAAAGCAGUCAGCAGCUGCCACGUUUGCAGCAGGGUGCGACCAGCUUCCCUUUUCCUCAAUCACAUAUGGUGUAUUCAAUUCACGGCCAAAUGGAUGGUCCCCAAUUAUUCCAACAGAGCGCCCAUAAACAAGUGCAAUGUACGAAAUAGCAAUCAUGAGUUGUGCAGCUGGAGUGACAUCCAUAUUUAAAACUGGAAUGAUCAUGUCUGGAAGUUUUCCGUUUCGAAAAAUUUCACAAUUUCUUUUGAACAGGAAAACUGUAAGUUUUCGAGCUGUUUUUCCAAAACAUUUACAUUUAACAAAUAUUUAGAUGUACCUUUAAUAGAGACACCACUGCCAAUGAAAGAUAUCGUUGGUUUUCACAUGACGUCACUAAAAUUCAAACUAAAAAAAUAUCGAUCCUACCGGGAUUUUACUUUCACGAUGCAUUAGAGCAGCUGAAAACUGAUUUUCAUACAAAUUUUCGCUUCAAAAGGAUUCUUGGUUUUGUGAUAGAGAACGCUUCAAUUUCUAAGCUUUUGCGUGACGUGGCAUUUACAUGACGGCCAAGAGAGACGGUCAAGAGAGCUGUCAUGUAGGUUGAAAAAUGACUUAUUUCAGGAAAUUUUGCUAUUUAAACAGUUCAUGUAGUAGAAAAAGUACUACUUUCAUUGGUGUAUGAGUUUCUCGAAGAAUAAAUUCACGCUUUUGUAGCAAAACUCGGUAACAGAUGUUUCUGUUGGUUUCCAACCGCCAUGUUGGAGCUUAUCCAGGUGAGCACCAGCAUGGCGUCUCCAUACAAAUCUCUAUAAGUUUGGGUAAAACAUUUCUUCGGAUAUCUCGCAUACGAAAUAUUCCUCUGACCUGAAUCUUGGCGAGGGUCUUUGUAUAUGUACCUCCUUUUAUUUCCCAGAUUCUGGACUCUAUCUAUUGAACUGUUUUGAUUUUUAUUUUGAUCUAUUUUGAAUGCCGUGACACUGAAAACCAGCAAUAGCCUAAACAUUACGGAGAAGAUAUACUUUGAACUGUUCUUUGGACCUGUUAUUACUGAAUAUUUUCCCACAACAUGUUUUCGGCAGCAAUUAUGUAAUUAUGGCUGCCAAAUGACAACACUCACCUGUCUUGGAUAACCUUACCUGGAGCGAGCAUUGCUUCUUGUUGGAGAACGCUGGAUCAAUUUAGGUUCGUGUUCCAUUUACCGUUUGUUUACCGUUUGCGUCACCUAUACCGAUAUAUCGCUAACUAUGUAUAUGAAUCAAUGAUAAAUAAACGGGGGGGGGCAGGGGUGAAAAAAAGAGGAAAAGGGACGCCUGAUGUGUAAGAACCACCUUUUCCUUCGUUUCUGCGGCCGCUGGUGGCUGUAAAUUUCCGUUUGGUUCCAGUUUUAGUUUUAGGUUUCCCCUCAUCGUAAUCACUCCCUCGUGCUCCCUUUUCGCCCCCGGGUCACGUAGUCUACACUUUGUUAUAAAUUUCAGCCUCUUAAUUUGUAACAUCCUUGCCACUUUGUAUACCUUAAAUUUCAGUAAUAACCCUUUGCGCAAAUCGCAAUGUAUAAGGCUGUCACAUUUUUUAAUGAAUGUCUUCAAACUUGGUAAACCUGAAUAUUUUUUACCGAUUGGUGUGACAGCUUCUUCUAUCAAAAUUUGUGACAUCUAUUUAAUUUCAAAAACGUGUGAAUAGUUUAUUGCAAAGCAAGGAAUAAACAAGUUGUUUUUAACGUCAAUUCAGUCUAUUCACUGGAUUUUAACUUUCGUACUUGUUCUGAAACGAAGAUACCUGGCGAUCCUUAUUGAAAGAAGCUUGGGAGCAAGGCUAGUUCAAGAAAGAAAACAAAAUUAAACAAAGGUACUAGUUAUUCAUCAGCAUGAUACAAACUAUUAUUAAAACCAAGAAAAUUUAACAUUUCUCAAUUUUAUGUUGAAUACAGAGAUUCUUUAUGCUGACUCUUAAUGACUAGUCCUAUAUGACUACUAGGUUCGAUUAUUCCCUUCAGCAUUCUUAGUAAGAUACAGCGUAAUGUUUCUGCUGAUCUUGUGACAAAGAACAUGAAUAUAACGAAAGUUCACAAAGACACUUCAUUUAUUUAAGACCAAAAAGGCAAGAUAUUACUAGUUAAACAGGUGUUUGGUUGCCUUUUGUUAUUGAAUGGAUAAAGUAUUUGGUCCUUCAAACGAGAAAAAAGCCAGCAGGAGGAAAAGAAAGAGGCCUUGAUUUUCCGCUUUAUUUCUUCACAGUUCGAACAGUGUUACAGUAACAGCGACGACAGAGGGAGACUACUUUUCAUGUCAAGAAGGAAUUGGAAAUCUGAGUUUUGUUACUUCCCUCUGGCAACUCAGUGAAAGCGGAGUCUCAACGUUCUUUUAUCAUGAUCGCGUCAAAGAAGAAUUCCAGGACUCGGGAAAAUGGAGCAAAAGAUUAAUUAGUUUUCAGUGGUAUUAUUGAGGCGAAGCAAAAUUUCCCGGUUACUCACACAAGGGAAAUACAAGUAACACACUGUGGAAUCCGAGAUAUGUUCAACCAUCCAUGUCACGAGAGAAAAAGAUUUCUCAAAGUAAGACAGGGAUAAAAUAAACCAUUUUUAAAAGACGCGGAACAAAGCGAAAACUGCCCUGAAGAAUUGAAGUGAAAAUAUAUAGAAUAUCAUGACUGGUAUGUAGACAGCUAAGUGCACUUACUGUAACAGUGUAAAACGUUCUGUGAAAGUCUUAUCUGGAUGUCAAAACGUUCUUUAUCUGAAGAUGGCAUUCUCUGAUCCAAAACUUUGUGCGAGCACUCAUCAGUACACAGGUCUUUCGUAUUUUGCCGCUUCCCUUGCAAGCGUUUUCUGCUUUAUAACCGUUACUGGAAACGUCCUCGUUUGUUUAGCCAUUGUACGGGAUCCAUUCAAAAAUAUGCAAAAGCCUUUCCAUUACUUUUUGCUGAGCUUAUCCGGGACAGAUUUACUUGUGGGAUUAUUAGUAAACCCCACAGUAACAGCAUAUGCCAUAAGCGAGGCACGUGGUAUGGUAAAUAUCGUUGAUAUCAUAUGGACCUUGCAUAUAUUUUAUUUCAUUCUGGGUACGGCAUCAAUCUUAACUCUGGCAGCACUUACCGCGGAUAGGUAUGUCUCGGUAACAUCACCAAUCAAAUACAAGACGAAGGUUUCGUCUAAACACGCCAUCGUUACCUCAGUGUCGAUCUGGGUAGCCUCGUUAGGCUUGUCCUUCUUAUACUUUGAGCUCGGUUUUUUUCUGUACUCUUUUAUUUUUGUCAACACUGCUGUUUUUAGCACUAUUAUCAUUCUCCUGUUUGUUCAUAGAGCCACUCUCAAAAUCCUACGUGAGCGAUCAAAAUUUUGGCAAAACCAGAGAGCAAUUGAAAACACAGUAACAGCCAAACAGAAAUACACGAAAAACAUAAAAAAGAUAAAGAAAAAACGAAAAGUAACAAAGGCGUUAUCGAGUGUUCUUAUUGCUUUUCUUGUAUCCUUUGUACCUGCCUGUGUGAUAAUUUACUUGCUUAAUUUCUGUUUAAGCUGUAAUUGUCUGCUGGUACAUUGGUUAAGAGAUAUUCAGGUAUUAAUUGUGUCCUUAAAUUCUGCUGUCAACCCUUAUUUGUACGCCCGGCGACUUCCACAAUUCAGAAAAGCUUUUUUGAAAAUCCUCCACCUACAAAAGAGGGCUCAGGUUCGAGUCAAUCCUGUACCCUUUACUCCAGAAAAAUCGAGUUGUUGAUACUUCAAUACUCAUGAUCAGCAGACCACUGAGAAAAAUGAGAAAACAACACUUUUGUUUUUGAUUUCGAUAUUUACACUUACGGUCCAAAUUUCGGUUUGGCUUGGAAUAUUAUGGCGAAAAAUAUUCUUCCUUUUUGCAAUUGCAGUAUUUCAAUUUAGCUAUGUCACUGGCUGAUUUUAAGUAGCGCUUUUUUUCAGUAUUUCAUCAUAGCAAACAAAUAUAGUUUCAAGAAUGUCAUUUGCUUUUUGAGCUCCACUGCGGUAUCACGAGACAUUACAGACCUUAAGAUAUACCGUUUUCGGGUACGGGUACGGGUAAAUUAGCCGUACACGUAGCCGUAAGCACGGGUAAACUGCAUCUUACCCGCAAGAAACGGGUAGGUUACCUGGUAGAAUGGUUACGCCAUUAUCACAUCUGGUAAAUAAUGGUUGCCUUUCAUAAAACUACGAGGUAAACAUCUUCUCUUACCCGUACCCGUAGGCUGAAAUGGUGUAUCUUAAGGUCACUAAUUAAGGUAUUUCCUUACGUUUAAAAUCCCCAAACCAAAUGUGCGUAGUAGUUUAAGUUAAUUUAACUAGAAAAAUCUAGUGAAUUUCUUGUUGGGUGGUUUCUUUUAUCUUAUUUCGUACAAUGGAUUGUUAGCGAUGUAAAGUUUAAACUGAGUAAUUGGAAAUUAAAGGUAUUAAUACAAAACAGAGCCGAUGCGAUGUGUACGCCAUUCCUUUCCCGGCAGUCCCCGGGUCAGCUCUAUUUGUAAAGCAGUCAGCAGCUGCCACGUUUGCAGCAGGGUGCGACCAGCUUCCCUUUUCCUCAAACACAUAUGGUGUAUUCAAUUCACGGCCAAAUGGAUGGUCCCCAAUUAUUUCAACAGAGCGCCCAUAAACAAGUGCAAUGUACGAAAUAGUAAUCAUGAGUUGUGCAGCUGGAGUGACAUCCAUAUUUAAAACUGGAAUGAUCAUGUCUGGAAGUUUUCCGUUUCGAAAAAUUUCACAAUUUCUUUUGAACAGGAAAACUGUAAGUUUUCGAGCUGUUUUUCCAAAACAUUUACAUUUAACAAAUAUUUAGAUGUACCUUUAAUAGAGACACCACUGCCAAUGAAAGAUAUCGUUGGUUUUCACAUGACGUCACUAAAAUUCAAACUAAAAAAAUAUCGAUCCUACCGGGAUUUUACUUUCACUAUGCAUUAGAGCAGCUGAAAACUGAUUUUCAUACAAAUUUUCGCUUCAAAAGGAUUCUUGGUUUUGUGAUAGAGAACGCUUCAAUUUCUAAGCUUUUGCGUGACGUGGCAUUUACAUGACGGCCAAGAGAGACGGUCAAGAGAGCUGUCAUGUAGGUUAAAAAAUGACUUAUUUCAGGAAAUUUUGCGAUUUAAACAGUUCAUGUAUUAGAAAAGUACUACUUUCAUGUUUAUGAGUUUCUCGAAGAAUAAAUUAACGCUUUUGUAGCAAAACUCGGUAACAGAUGUUUCUGUUGGUUUCCGUCCGCCAUGUUGGAGCUCAUCCAGGUGAGCACCAGCAUGGCGUCUCCAUAAAAUCUCUAUAAGUUUGGGUAAAACAUUUCUUCGUAUAUCUCGUAUACGAAAUAUUCCUCUGACCUGAAUCUUGGCGAGGGUCUUUGUAUAUGUACCUCCUUUCAUUUCCCAGAUUGUGGACUUUGUCUAUUGAACUGUUUUGAUUUUUAUUUUUUGAUCUAUUUUGAAUGGCGUGACACUGAAAACCAGCAAUAGCCUAAACAUUACGGAGAAGAUAUACUUUGAACUGUUCUUUGGACCUGUUAUUACUGAAUAUUUUCCCACAACAUGUUUUCGGCAGCAAUUAUGUAAUUAUGGCUGCCAAAUGACAACUCUCACCUGUCUUGGAUAACCUUACCUGGAGGGAGCCUUGCUUCUUGUUGGAGAACGCUGGAUCAAUUUAGGUUCGUGUUCCAUUUACCGUUUGUUUACCGUUUGAGUCACCUAUACCGAUAUAUCGCUAACUAUGUAUAUGAAUCAAUGAUAAAUAAACGGGGGGGGGGGUGAAAAAGAGGAAAAGGGACGCCUGAUGUGUAAGAACCACCUUUUCCUUCGUUUCUGCGGCCGCUGGUGGCUGUAAAUUUCCGUUUGGUUCCAGUUUUAGUUUUAGGUUUCCCCUCAUCGUAAUCACUCCCUCGUGCUCCCUUUUCGCCCCCGGGUCACGUAGUCUACACUUUGUUAUAAAUUUCAGCCUCUUAAUUUGUAACAUCCUUGCCACUUUGUAUACCUUAAAUUUCAGUAAUAACCCUUUGCGCAAAUCGCAAUGUAUAAGGCUGUCACAUUUUUUAAUGAAUGUCUUCAAACUUGGUAAACCUGAAUAUUUUUUACCGAUAGGUGUGACAGCUUCUUCUAUCAAAAUUUGUGACAUCUAUUUAAUUUCAAAAACGUGUGAAUAGUUUAUUGCAAAGCAAGGAAUAAACAAGUUGUUUUUAACGUCAAUUCAGUCUAUUCACUGGAUUUUAACUUUCGUACUUGUUCUGAAACGAAGAUACCUGGCGAUCCUUAUUGAAAGAAGCUUGGGAGCAAGGCUAGUUCAAGAAAGAAAGCAAAAUUAAACAAAGGUACUAGUUAUUCAUCAGCAUGAUACAAACUAUUAUUAAAACCAAGAAAAUUUAACAUUUCUCAAUUUUAUGUUGAAUACAGAGAUUCUUUAUGCUGACUCUUAAUGACUAGUCCUAUAUGACUACUAGGUUCGAUUAUUCCCUUCAGCAUUCUUAGUAAGAUACAGCGUAAUGUUUCUGCUGAUCUUGUGACAAAGAACAUGAAUAUAACGAAAGUUCACAAAGACACUUCAUGUAUUUAAGACCAAAAAGGCAAGAUAUUACUAGUUAAACAGGUGUUUGGUUGCCUUUUGUUAUUGAAUGGAUAAAGUAUUUAGUCCUUCAAACGAGAAAAAAGCCAGCAGGAGGAAAAGAAAGAGGCCUUGAUUUUCCGCUUUAUUUCUUCACAGUUCGAACAGUGUUACAGUAACAGCGACGACAGAGGGAGACUACUUUUCAUGUCAAGAAGGAAUUGGAAAUCUGAGUUUUGUUACUUCCCUCUGGCAACUCAGUGAAAGCGGAGUCUCAACGUUCUUUUAUCAUGAUCGCGUCAAAGAAGAAUUCCAGGACUCGGGAAAAUGGAGCAAAAGAUUAAUUAGUUUUCAGUGGUAUUAUUGAGGCGAAGCAAAAUUUCCCGGUUACUCACACAAGGGAAAUACAAGUAACACACUGUGGAAUCCGAGAUAUGUUCAACCAUCCAUGUCACGAGAGAAAAAGAUUUCUCAAAGUAAGACACGGAUAAAAUAAACCAUUUUUAAAAGACGCGGAACAAAGCGAAAACUGCCCUGAAGAAUUGAAGUGAAAAUAUAUAGAAUAUCAUGACUGGUAUGUAGACAGCUAAGUGCACUUACUGUAACAGUGUAAAACGUUCUGUGAAAGUCUUAUCUGGAUGUCAAAACGUUUUUUAUCUGAAGAUGGCAUUCUCUGAUCCAAAACUUUGUGCCAGCACUCAUCAGUACACAGGCCUUUCGUAUCUUGCCGCUUCCCUUGCAAGCGUUUUCUGCUUUAUAACCGUUACUGGAAACGUCCUUGUUUGUUUAGCCAUUGUACGAGAUCCAUUCAAAAAUAUGAAAAAGCCUUUCCAUUACUUUUUGCUGAGCUUAUCCGGGACAGAUUUACUUGUGGGAUUAUUAGUAAACCCCACAGUAACAGCAUAUGCCAUAAGCGAGGCACGUGGUAUGGUAAAUAUCGUUGAUAUCAUAUGGACCUUGCAUAUAUUUUAUUUCAUUCUGGGUACGGCAUCAAUCUUAACUCUGGCAGCACUUACCUCGCAUAGGUAUGUCUCGGUAACAUCACCAAUCAAAUACAAGACGAAGGUUUCGUCUAAACACGCCAUCGUUACCUCAGUGUCGAUCUGGGUAGCCUCGUUAGGCUUGUCCUUCUUAUACUUUGAGCUCGGUUUUUUUCUGUACUCUUUUAUUUUUGUCAACACUGCUGUUUUUAGCACUAUUAUCAUUCUCCUGUUUGUUCAUAGAGCCACUCUCAAAAUCCUACGUGAACGAUCAAAAUUUUGGCAAGGUCAGAGAGCAAUUGAAAACACAGUAACAGCCAAACAGAAAUACACGAAAAACAUAAAAAAGAUAAAGAAAAAACGAAAAGUAACAAAGGCGUUAUCGAGUGUUCUUAUUGCUUUUCUUGUAUCCUUUGUACCUGCCUGUGUGAUAAUUUACCUGCUUAAUUUCUGUUUAAGCUGUAAUUGUCUGCUGGUACAUUGGUUAAGAGAUAUUCAGGUAUUAAUUGUGUCCUUAAAUUCGGCCGUCAACCCCUAUUUGUACGCCUGGCGUCUUCCACAAUUCAGAAAAGCCUUUUUGAAAGUCCUCCACCUACAAAAGAGGGCUCAGGUUCGAGUCAAUCCUGCACCCUUUGCUCAAGAAAAAUCGAGUGGUUAAUACUCAUAAUCGGCAGACCACCGAGAAAAAUGAGGAAAGAACACUUUUGUUUUUGAUUUCGAUAUUUACACAUACGGUCCAAAUUUCGGUUUCGGUUGGAAUAUUAUGGAGAAAAACAUUCUUCUUUUUUGCAAUUGCAGUAUUUCAAUUUAGCUAUGUCACCGGCUGAUUUUAAGUAGCACCUUUUUCAGUAUUUUUUAGAUAGCAAACAAACAUUUUUGAGCUCCACCGAGGUAUCAUGAGGCAUUAUAGACCUUAAGAUGUACAGUUUUCAUAUACGGGUACGGGUAAAUUAGCCGUACUCGUCGUAGCCGUAAGCACGGGUCACUUUUACCCGCAAGAAACGGAUGGGUUACCAGGUAGAAUGGUUACGCCAUUAUCACAUCUGGUAAAUACCGGUUCCCUUUCAUAAUACUACAAGGUAAACAUGUUCGCUUACCCUUACCGGUAGGCUGAAAUGGAGUAUCUUAUAUAAAUAAGGUCCCUAAUAAUGGUAUUUCCUUAAGUUUAAAAACCCCCAAAAGCAAAUGUGUUUAGUAAAGUUAAUUUAACUUUAAAAAUCGAGUGAAUUUCUUGUUAGGUGGUUUCUUUUAUCUUAUUUCGUGAAUUUUAUUCAUACAAUGGAUUGUUAGCGAUGUAAAGUUUAAAGUGAGAAAUUGGAAAUUAAAGGUAUUAAUACAAAACAGAGCCGAUGCGAUGUGUACGCCAUUCCUUUCCCGGCAGUCCCCGGGGUCAGCUCUAUUUGUAAAGCAGUCAGCAGCUGCCACGUUUGCAGCAGGGUGCGACCAGCUUCCCUUUUCCUCAAACACAUAUGGUGUAUUCAAUUCACGGCCAAAUGGAUGGUCCCCAAUUAUUUCAACAGAGCGCCCAUAAACAAGUGCAAUGUACGAAAUAGUAAUCAUGAGUUGUGCAGCUGGGGUGACAUCCAUAUUUAAAACUGGAAUGAUCAUGUCUGGAAGUUAUCCGUUUCGAAAAAUUUCACAAUUUUUUUUGAACAGGAAAACUGUAAGUUUUCGAGCUGUUUUUCCAAAACAUUUACAUUUAACAAAUUUUUAGACGUACCUUUAAUAGAGACACCACUGCCAAUGAAAGAUAUCGUUGGUUUUCACAUGACGUCACUAAAAUUCAAACUAAAAAAAAUAUCGAUCCUACCGGGAUUUUACUUUCACGAUGCAUUAGAGCAGCUGAAAACUGAUUUUCAUACAAAUUUUCGCUUCAAAAGGAUUCUUGGUUUUGUGAUAGAGAACGCUUCAAUUUCUAAGCUUUUGCGUGACGUGGCAUUUACAUGACGGCCAAGAGAGACGGUCAAGAGAGCUGUCAUGUAGGUUAAAAAAUGACUUAUUUCAGGAAAUUUUGCGAUUUAAACAGUUCAUGUAUUAGAAAAGUACUACUUUCAUGUUUAUGAGUUUCUCGAAGAAUAAAUUAACGCUUUCGUAGCAAAACUCGGUAACAGAUGUUUCUGUUGGUUUCCGUCCGCCAUGAUGGAGCUCAUCCAGGUGAGCACCAGCAUGGCGUCUCCAUAAAAUCUCUAUAAGUUUGGGUAAAACAUUUCUUCGUAUAUCUCGUAUACGAAAUAUUCCUCUGACCUGAAUCUUGGCGAGGGUCUUUGUAUAUGUACCUCCUUUCAUUUCCCAGAUUGUGGACUUUAUCUAUUGAACUGUUUUGAUUUUUAUUUUUUGAUCUAUUUUGAAUGGCGUGACACUGAAAACCAGCAACAGCCUAAACAUUACGGAGAAGAUAUACUUUGAACUGUUCUUUGGACCUGUUAUUACUGAAUAUUUUCCCACAACAUGUUUUCGGCAGCAAUUAUGUAAUUAUGGCUGCCAAAUGACAACUCUCACCUGUCUUGGAUAACCUUACCUGGAGCGAGCCUUGCUUCUUGUUGGAGAACGCUGGAUCAAUUUAGGUUCGUGUUCCAUUUACCGUUUGUUUACCGUUUGCCUCACCUAUACCGAUAUAUCGCUAACUAUGUAUAUGAAUCGAUAAUAAAUAAACGGGGGGGGCGGGGGGUGAAAAAGAGGAAAAGGGACGCCUGAUAUGUAAGAACCACCUUUUCCUUCGUUUCUGCGGCCGCUGGUGGCUGUAAAUUUCCGUUUGGUUCAAGUUUUAGUUUUAGGUUUCCCCUCAUCGUAAUCACUCCCUCGUGCUCCCUUUUCGCCCCCGGGUCACGUAGUCUACACUUUGUUAUAAAUUUCAGCCUCUUAAUUUGUAACAUCCUUGCCACUUUGUAUACCUUAAAUUUCAGUAAUAACCCUUUGCGCAAAUCGCAAUGUAUAAGGCUGUCACAUUUUUUAAUGAAUGUCUUCAAACUUGGUAAACCUGAAUAUUUUUUACCGAUUGGUGUGACAGCUUCUUCUAUCAAAAUUUGUGACAUCUAUUUAAUUUCAAAAACGUGUGAAUAGUUUAUUGCAAAGCAAGGAAUAAACACGUUGUUUUUAACGUCAAUUCAGUCUAUUCACUGGAUUUUAACUUUCGUACUUGUUCUGAAACGAAGAUACCUGGCGAUCCUUAUUGAAAGAAGCUCGGGAGCAAGGCUAGUUCAAGAAAGAAAGCAAAAUUAAACAAAGGUACUAGUCAUUCAUCAGCAUGAUACAAACUAUUAUUAAAACCAAGAAAAUUUAACAUUUCUCAAUUUUAUGUUGAAUACAGAGAUUCUUUGUACUGACUCUUAAUGACUAGUCCUAAAUGGCUACUAGGUUCGAUUAUUCCCUUCAGCAUUCUUAGUAAGAUACGGCGUAAUGUUUCUGCUGAUCUUGUGACAAAGAACAUGAAUAUAACGAAAGUUCACUAAGACACUUCAUUUAUUUAAGACCAAAAAGGCAAGAUAUUACUAGUUAAACAGGUGUUUGGUUGCCUUUUGUUAUUGAAUGGAUAAAGUAUUUAGUCCUUCAAACGAGAAAAAAGCCAGCAGGAGGAUAAGAAAGAGGCCUUGAUUUUCCGCUUUAUUUCUUCACAGUUCGAACAGUGUUACAGUAACAGCGACAGAGGGAGACUACUUUUCAUGUCAAGAAGGAAUUGGAAAUCUGAGUUUUUUUUCUUCCCUCUGGCAACUCAGCGAAAGCGGAGUCUCAACGUUCUUUUGUCAUGAUCGUCAAAGAAGAAUUCCAGGACUCAGGAAAAUGGAGCAAAAGUAUAAUUAGUUUUCAGUGGUAUUAUUGAGGCGAAGCAAAAUUUCCCGCGUUUACUCACACAAGAGAGAAAUAAGUAACACACUGUGGAAGCAGAGAUAUGUUCAAUGAUCCAUGUCACGAGAGAAAAAGAUUUCUCAAAGUAAGACACGGAUAAAAAACAACCAUUUUUAAAAUACGCGGAACAAAGCGAAAACUGCUCUGAAGAAUUGAAGUGAAAAUAUAUAGAAUAUCAUGACUAGUAUGUAGACAGCUAAGUGCGCUUACUGUACCAGUGUAAAACGUUCUGUGAAAGUCUUAUCUGGAUGUCAAAAAGUUUUUUAUCUGAAGAUGGCAUUCUCUGAUCCAAAACUUUGUGCCAGCACUCAUCAGUACACAGGCCUUUCGUAUCUUGCCGCUUCCCUUGCAAGCGUUUUCUGCUUUAUAACCGUUACUGGAAACGUCCUCGUUUGUUUAGCCAUUGUACGGGAUCCAUUCAAAAAUAUGAAAAAGCCUUUCCAUUACUUUUUGCUGAGCUUAUCCGGGACAGAUUUACUUGUGGGAUUAUUAGUAAACCCCACAUUAACAGCAUAUGCCAUAAGCGAGGCACGUGGUAUGGUAAAUAUCGUUGAUAUCAUACGGACCUCGCAUAUGUUUUAUUUCACUCUGGGUACGGCAUCAGUCUUAAUUCUGGCAGCACUUACCGCGGAUAGGUAUGUCUCGGUAACAUCACCAAUCAAAUACAAGACGAAGGUUUCGUCUAAACACGCCAUCAUUACCUCAGUGUCGAUCUGGGUAGCCUCGUUAGGCUUGUCCUUCUUAUACUUUGAGCUCGGUUUUUUUCUGUACUCUUUUAUUUUUGUCAACACUGCUGUUUUUAGCACUAUUAUCAUUCUCCUGUUUGUUCAUAGAGCCACUCUCAAAAUCCUACGUGAGCGAUCAAAAUUUUGGCAAAACCAGAAAGCAAUUGAAAACACAGUAACAGCAAAACAGAAAUACACGAAAAACAUAAAAAAGAUAAAGAAAAAACGAAAAGUAACAAAGGCGUUAUCGAGUGUUCUUAUUGCUUUUCUUGUAUGCUUUGUACCUGCCUGUGUGAUAAUUUACCUGCUUAAUUUCUGUUUAAGCUGUAAUUGUCUGCUGGUACAUUGGUUAAGAGAUAUUCAGGUAUUAAUUGUGUCCUUAAAUUCGGCCGUCAACCCCUAUUUGUACGCCUGGCGUCUUCCACAAUUCAGAAAAGCCUUUUUGAAAAUCCUCCACCUACAAAAGAGGGCUCAGGUUCGAGUCAAUCCUGUACCCUUUGCUCAAGAAAAAUCGAGUGGUUAAUACUCAUGAUCAGCAGACCACUGAGAAAAAUGAGGAAAGAACACUUUUGUUUUUGAUUUCGAUAUUUACACUUACGGUCCAAAUUUCGGCUCGGGUUGGAAUAUUAUGGAGAAAAACAUUCUUCUUUUUUGCAAUUGCAGUAUUUCAAUUUAGCUAUGUCACCGGCUGAUUUGAAGUAGCACCUUUUUCAGUAUUUUUUAGAUAGCAAACAAACAUUUUUGAGCUCCACCGAGGUAUCACGAGACAUUAUAGACCUUAAGAUAUACAGUUUUCAUAUACGGGUACGGGUAAAUUAGCCGUACUCGUCGUAGCCGUAAGCACGGGUCACUUUUACCCGCAAGAAACGGGUGGGUUACCAGGUAGAAUGGUUACGCCAUUAUCACAUCUGGUAAAUACCGGUUCCCUUUCAUAAACUACAAGGUAAACAUGUUCGCUUACCCGUACCGGUAGGCUGAAAUGGAGUAUCUUAUAUGUAUAAGGUCCCUAAUAAUGGUAUUUCCUUAAGUUUAAAAACCCCCAAAAGCAAAUGUGUUUAGUAAAGUUAAUUUAACUUUAAAAAUCGAGUGAAUUUCUUGUUAGGUGGUUUCUUUUAUCUUAUUUCGUGAAUUUUAUUCGUACAAUGGAUUGUUAGCGAUGUAAAGUUUAAGGUGAGAAAUUGGAAAUUAAAGGUAUGAAUACAAAACACAGCCAAUGCAAUGUGUACGCCAUUCCUUUCCCGGCAGUCCCCGGGGUCAGCUCUAUUUGUAAAGCAGUCAGCUGCCACGUUUGCAGCAGGGUGCGACCAGCUUCCCUUUUCCUCAAACACAUAUGGUGUAUUCAAUUCACGGCCAAAUGGAUGGUCCCCAAUUAUUUCAACAGAGAGCCCAUAAACAAGUGCAAUGUACGAGAUAGUAAUCAUUAGUUGUACAGCUGGAGUGACAUCCGUAUUUAAAACUGGAAUAAUCAUGUCUGGAAGUUAUCCGUUUCGAAAAAUUUCGCAAUUUCUUUUGGACAGGAAAACUGUACGUUUUCAAGCUGCUUUUCCAAAACAUUUACAUUUCAUAAAUAAAUUUUUAGAUGUACCUUGAAUAGAGACACCACUGCCAAUGAAAGAUAUAGCUUAAACAUUACGGAGAAGAUAUACUUUGAACUGUUCUUUAGGACCUGUUAUUACUGACUAUUUUCGCACAACAUGUUUGCGGCAGCAAUUAUGUAACAUGUGUUACAUCUCUCCUGUGUGGUACACGGGCCGAUUUAUGGCCGUUUUAUGGUUUUUUAUGUAAACCGUGUUUUCUCUCUAUAUAAAGACGUAACGCACAUUUUAUGUAAGGUAAGCUGUUUUUGAUUGAAAUCCUUUCAUUUUCGUAAGUUGCAGAAACGAUAGGUUUUUUCCCCAAACAAAUCCUUAUAUUUCGAAUGUUAUACGCAACAAUGCCGAUGCUCGCCGAUGCUCAUAUUUCGAGCUUGGGCUACCUCUCCUUCAAAAUAAUGGCUCAAAAAACCGCUUUUGAGGCAAAAGAACGACUAUAUACCACAGGUGAGGAAAUUCAACGUUUAUUCAUCAUUGAUUUAUAUACAUAGUUAGCGACAUAUCGGUAUAGGUGAGGUGAGGCAAACGGUAAAUCCAGUACAUUUACUAUUAGAUUACGAGCAGUCUCUCUUUUUUCUUGAUGCGUCGCGCAAAACGCCCGAGACACGCAAUCGCGUCUCGCGGCUUCGCCGUUCAACGCUUGCGCGCGCGUGCACUCUUCUUACUAAAUCUUAAGAAAAAGAGAGACUGCUCGUAGUCUAAUUUACUAUAAAAUAACAGUGUGGGUGCCCUGUGGGGAAAGGAAUGAUGUCUCCGGUUGAGUAGGCGUUUGUGGGGAGGGGUGAAAAACUAGCCCCCCAAGAAACGCCUGCGUGGGAGGCUAGCACAUGGACCGGCCCUGAGGCAUCCACUUGAAAUUUGAGGUAAAGUUGUAAUUCAAUUCUUUGCGGGAGACAGGGAACCCACGCUCUUAUUUGUAAAUUGCAAAUUAACAAUUAGUUCAUGCGUCAGCGUGCGUAUGUCGAGAUAUUGAGCACGCGGGAAGUUUGGAGAGCACGAAAGAGGCGUAAGAGUUGCACGAGGCGCAGCCGAGUGCAACUCUAGCCUCUUGAGUGCUCUCCAAACUUCCCAAGUGCUCAAUAACUCGACAUACGCACAGCUGCAGCAUGAACUAAUUGUUUUAUAACAUCAUCAAAGCGAUCAAUGCAUCAGAUAACUUAUAAUUUUAUUAUUGUAGGGUGCGCUCAAAGCAGUACGCGUCAAUGUUUACGUGACUAUAUAUUUUUUUCCUCACAGUUAAUCUUAUGUUUUUAUCCUGAAACUGAGAGAAAGUGUACUCUAAAAUGAUUAUAAAAUCCAUAUUUAGGUGCCGGAAAACUAUUAAUUUACCGAAAAAUUGUUAUUGAGAGAAAACAAGUUUGCAAAGAAUGAACUCACGCCAUAGCCCGCACAGCUCGCGGAGAUGACAACAACAACAACAACAACACUCACCUCUUUUCCUUACUAUUGGUUAACAAAUUCAAACGUUUCCUCUUAAAUUUCCUUAUAAAACACAUCGUAAACGCUUCCUUGUCUAUUGCUGAGUUAUGGAUGAACUCAGGAGACUCAGGAUUGCUAAGCUCACAACCACUCGAGGAAUUACGAAUAGUUUAUUGACGUCAUCAGCGUGCUCAAUAGGAAUAUGAAGCACGCUCGCGCUAUUGAAUUUGAUUAGGCGAAUUUUCUAGCUAUGUUAUAAUGGAAAUUAAAUAAGAGAUAAAAUCUUACCUGUUUUGUUCUAUUCUUGAAUCUGCUGUGGUGCGAAGUGAAUUGGAAGUUGUGUUACGACGCGAAAACUAUGUUCAAGUCGACGCUUUUGAUUUCACAAGGCUUCAUGUGAUCACGCGCCCGUUUUUAUUAUCGUCUCGCGUUUCAUCGUUGGUUAUUUAAAAUUUAUUAACAAUUUGAAUUAGUUAAUGGUCCGUUCCUUAAAAACUCUCUCUAGAAUUGUUAUUAAAUUAAUAACCAACGAUGAAACUCGACACGAUAAUAACAACCGGCGCGUGACACCAACAGUGAAAUGAGAGCUGUUAAGGCGUAAUGACUUAAACAUAGUUUUCGCAUCGUAAAACAACUUCCACUUCACUUUGCACCACAGCAGAUUCAAGGAUAGAAAAAAACAGGUAAGAUUUUAUCGCUUAUUUAACUUCCAUUUGCAGUUGACAAAUAAGAGCGUGGGCGCCCUGUACGAAGACCAACCUGGCCGGAGGGCGCGGUUCAAAACUUGUUGAAUUCUAAAAGAUGCCACUCUAAGAGUCACCUUGAGUUUACAUAGCGGUGUCGUCGUCAAAAUAAUUGUCUGUCCUUUUGAGUUGACAAGCUAAACGAGAUAAAAAUUAGACGGGCUACCGCUUCAAAAUCAAAGAGCAGAAUCGGCAGUUAGGCUCUAGUUUAUUACCGAAGAAUAUCUAUCACUUCGAGUAUGAAGACAGUCGUGGGCUAAAUUUCAGGGGCACCCAACGAGGAUAUAGUUCAAAACCACUUAAACAUAGCAUUGUUAAACGUAUCUUCUAUUUAAACGGUAGCUAAAGGCAUAUUUUUAUCCCCUAAAAAUAUUUUAUCUGUUCGGAUUUCCUAGCUGAAAGUCUAGUGAUCCGAAAAAUAUAGGGAUCAAAACUUAACUUUUCGAAAAUUUCAGCCAGAAAAAAGGCUCUCGAAAAUUCUAGGUGACCUUUUUAAGGGUAAAACUCUGGUAAAAAUGGACAAUUAUUCCAUUUUUUAGAUGUUCGAAAAUCCUAGGAGAGGCAGGCAAGCAAGAAAUGUUACAACAAAUGUUCCGAAAAUUCUAGAUCUCAAAUCGUCUUCCGAACAGAUAUUUUCCGAAAAUUGACGUUGGGGGGCCCUGAAAUUUGAUCCGCUCAUAAGGCAAGGUAAUUACGGGAAACAACCUAUUAGAAUAGAUAAUCAAUCCACACGGCCACAGAGUGGCGGUGUGUUCUGGCUGUUCUGGCUGAUAUCAAAGAACAAUUUGGUUUAGUAGAAGAUACACUCCUUGAACGAAGCUGACGUAAGGAUUCAUAUUUAAGUACGUGUUUGCUGGACUGGUACAAGAUAUUCUGAUAGCAAAAUUUGGGCGAGAAUAUUCUAAAAUAAAUUUGAAACGAAAAAAGCAUUCAAAACGCAAACUGCAACGUUUUUUGUAGCUCAAUAGGUCCAGCCAAACUAACUUCAUUUUGAAGUAGAAAACUGUGAACUAAAGCAUGCGUUACUUCAGAAUGAAUUGGAGUCAUUUUCGUAAAAAAAUAUAUGAACGUAUAAAUGUUAAGCACGGAAAUUUCAAAAAUGUUAACCGAACUUUAGAGUAACUUGCAAGAGCCUUAAAAAAUGGCAGCCCAAAUAAUACGUGGGGAUGCAAAGGUUUGGAGUUGUGUCAGGAUAAUAUUCCGGUAUCGAAUUCAACCGCUAAAAUACCGCACUGUUUCCAACUUCUGGUGGCCACAAAUUAACCGACUUUAAAAAUUCUAAAAUUCUUUCUUCACUUUAAACUUAGAGAAUUAGCUGACGGCUUAAGACGUGAAAGUUUUCUUUUUUUGCAAAUUUGAAUAACAUGUUGAUUGUAAAGCCAUCAUUUUUACGCAUUAAUUUCUUUUGCAGUUUACGGUAAUUUUCGGUAAUUUUCUCAACUGCAUGCAAAUCGGCUGUUGCUUUAGAUCAUCAGUCGCUGAAGUUACUACUGGGACCUAAAGCAAGGACGACGACGACGACGGCGGUGAAACCGUCCGUAAAAAAAUGAAUUUCCGUUCUUUCAAACUUACUAUUUAAAACGCGUCUAUUUGGACCCCCUCAAUAUGCCAAAUACUGGCGACUUUUCCUGGUGUUGAAUUCUUAAAGGAUUUUAUUCAGGUUCAAAAAGAGGUCCACGUCCUCUAUAAAACGUCAAGUAAGGAAGCUUCACGUCGUAAUCGUGCAGUGGACGUCAAAGAAAUGUACUAAAAAACGUGAUGUCCGUGCAGAGCUGUUGUUUUGAUCAUUAAAGUAAAACCAGAAACUCAUAAGGGGUUGAGGCCCCGUCCACACGUAUCCGGAGAUUUUUGUAUCCGCAAAUUUUUUUGUGCGGAUACACCUAGCGUCCACACGUGUCCGCCGUAUACGCUCGGUGUAUCCGGAGAUUUCUGUAUACGCUCUCCAGAGUGGAAAUUUCUGUAUACGCUGUGUAUCCGGAUACGUGUGGACGCUCGUAUCCGUAUAUUUUUGUAUACGCUGACGUCACAGUAUCAGAACCAGUCUUUUUCCGCGCGAGAUUUGACUAAUCCUUUGAGAUGUCCGGAUACGAAUCGGAUACGUGUGGACUGUCGUAUACGAUUCGUAUACGCUACGUGUGGACGCAGAUAUUUUUGUAUCCGCAUAAAAAAAAUUGCGGAUACAAAAAUCUCCGGAUACGUGUGGACGGGGCCUGAAACGUGCAACUCUCAUAUGUUUGCUUUGUCCGAUGCUUGUGAUUAUUCAUUUUCAAAAGUACCAUAUUUGGAACGAGAAGAAGAGAUGACUGACCAAUCAAACUUCGUAAACAACGUGACGUAAUUUUACUUCAGGUUCCCGCGCCCGCUGGAAAAAAUGGCCGACAAACGGGGGAAAAACUCCCGAAAGCCGAGAAAGCUUUCAAAGGUUGAAACCAGGAAUCUUACCGAAACACUGAGCAGGAUAUUAUUGCCUCACCAUCCGGGCCAAACAUAACAUUAUGAAACCCACUGACGUCCUCGCAACUUCUUGAAGUUGUCACUUCAAACAACGAUGCCUCGUUGACCCUCUGCACAGUCAACUUAUACUGCAAAUAGGCUUUUCACUUAUAUUAAAAGUCUAGAAUAAACAGUAAGAAAUAUCUUCGAAUAAAAUUCAUUAGCUGCGUAUCGAAAAGUGUCCAAAACCUGAACCUGACAUCUUCGUAAAAAGUGAUGCGUGUAAUGAAUGUGAGAAGCAUUUUAAAAGCUUAAAUUCAGCUUGGAUGUUGUAGUCACGAUCGUGUUAUGAGCUAAUUUUAUGAAUGAACAAACUCAAAAAAAUAGACAGAGAAGCCGUUUCUUGAAAAUGUUCAUUCAAAAUCCAAAAAGUUAAUCUUUUAGAGCAAUUCGGAAAACACUAUCUUGAUCGUGGAUCCGUUCACGCAAGUGAAAUCGGCUGAGCACAUGGCAAAAUUCAACACAAAAUCCAUCUCAAAUCGGAGCACAUUUUAGAAUUUUUCGUUAGCGCAGAAGAGAAAAAUUUAUAAAACGUCUAUGAAACAUUUAAAAAUACAUAAAUUCCUUUUCAAAAACGCAAUUGUCUUGGCCAUAGAGUGGAAAAUGAACCUUGAAAUGCAGAACUCUUGUCUUCAAACAUCUGCAUGGUGAUCGAGUGGCAGCCAUUUGUUUAAAAUGAAUAUCUGCCACUAAGUUUUCCAAAUAUGGUAAAAGUGAAUAUUCACGACCAUAGAACGCGAGUUACAUGUUUCAACCCCUUAUGAGUUUCUGGUAAAACCUAUUGUUUUUUUGAAGUCUUCGUUGUGGUCGUCUUCGUAGUUGCUAAAAAACGACUCGUCGAAGUAAUCGUAUGAAAUUCAGGGCUACUAAAAGCCAUGCAAGUGAGAAAGCUCUGCUCAUAGGGUAGAGUUUGUUGGUUAAAAAUGCUUUUGAUUAAGAAAGGUACUAGUUAUUUAUAAGCAUAAGAUUUUUUAAAAGAAUAAUGAAGCUCUUGUUAGAACACAGUAUUCAUCUCCGUGGUGCCUAUAUAUUGAAUGACACUCCUCUUCGAAAGAGUUGGUCCUAAUGCUCACAGUUAACCGCCACCGAAAGAUAUGUACUUCGGAAAGGAUUGUGCUCAAUGUGCAUUUGAUGACAAUUAUGUAUAUAAACUUUGGAGAAGGCUGUUGGAUUUUGGAUGUGAAUAUAUAGUUUUUUCGAAAAUUAUUGGGUUUUUCCAUUAUAUGGUAAACCCAUCUUGAAAAGCAUGUGUAGUGUUAAAUUUGAAACAAAAUCAGUAAAAAAGGCGCUUUUGACUAAUAUAAGGCCCCUUACACUCUAAAUAUGAAUGAGUGUCUUCUAAACAUAUGAGCGGCGAAUAAUAGUUUAAAACAAAAAACUUUUGAGGUUAAAAACAAAUGUAUUUUACUGAUCACAAUGACACUAUCUUUUGACUUACAGCUGAACAGCAGGAUAUUUCUUAAAUAUAUUGUUCCUGUUUAUUUUGCUAAAACUCUUUCACUGUUUCUUUGUUGUCCUAACCUUGCACGCAGGUGCUACCUGUGCAAAGGAGAGAAGGAAUGACUCAUUUUGUUUUCUCAAACUAAUAUGAAAAAAUUGACUGGGGUGAUCGUUAAUUUGUCUUUUUUUUCGCAGUUCGGACGUUUAACGUUUAUACAUACAGUAACAACCAGCUAUAAAGGCAACUUUCAGGAAGGUAUUGGAGUUAAAAGAGGUUAUUUGUAGUUGAUUCUCUGACAGGCCUCAGCGUCCAAGGUCGAUAGCGCCCCCAGUUCUGCUAUCUUCUUGCUAUCUUCUGGUAAGCAUCAACGAAUUGAAGUCUCGACAUACUUUUUACAUUAGUCAUCGUCCGGAAAAGAAUUCUUGGACAAGAACCGGCGGCAAAGUACUUGAUUUCGCCAGUUAUAAGGCGCAGCUUUUAACAUUGGUCACAGAAGCUGGAAAAAGUUCACUUUGGAUGCUCUGAGAUCUCAGACGUUUCCUAAGCAAGCCAUAACAAAAAGCUCACGGAAGAAACUUUGAUGCAGAUAGACAACCAUGGUUUGAUAAAACCUAUGUAGUUGUUAACACGAAUCCAUUUGAGAACAUGUAAAUUAGUUAUGUUAAAUUCUUUGUUUGUAAUUUGGUAGAUAUAUCCUCUAAAGGAAACAAAUAAUUCAACGUCCAACAAUUUUUGGACUAUUUUUUUCCGAUGCAAUGGGGUUAUCUUAUGCAGAACAUUGUGAGAACACCCAUUCGCACACAGAAAUUUCAUAUUUUACCGCUUCACUUGCAACCGUUUUCUGCCUUGCGACUGUUAUUGGAAACGUCCUCGUUUGUUUAGCCAUUGUACGGGAUCCUUUUAGAAAUAUGAAAACGCCUUUCCAUUACUUUUUGCUGAGCUUAUCCGGGACAGAUUUACUUGUGGGAUUAUUAUUGGACCCCAUCAUGAUAUUGGUCCACAGUAGAGAAGCACAUAGCAGGCUAAAUAAAGGUGAUCUCUCAUGGGACUUUCAGAUGCUCCAUAUGCUUUAUUUCAUUCUGAGUACGGCAUCAGUCUUAACGCUAGCAGCACUUACAGCGGACCGGUAUGUCUCGGUAACAUCGCCAAUCAAAUACAGGACGAAGAUUACGUCUAAACGCGCCAUUGUAACUUCGGUGGUCAUUUGGGUUGCGGCGCUGGGCUUUUCUCUUUUAUACUUCAAACUCGGUUUCGUUUUGUACUCUUUCAUUUUUGCCAACACUGCUGUUUUUGGCACUUUUUUAUUCUUCUGUUUACUCACAGAAGUAUUCUCAGACACUUGCGUAAUCGCUCAAAUUAUUGGCAGGAUCGGAGAGCUGUUGAAAACACGAUCCCUGAAAAACAAAAAUCCGCAAAGAAGAUGA